AUGCCCCGCCUCGCCUCAAAGUUUGCCGAAUGGCUUGCGAGAGCUUCCGUCCAAGAUAUUUUCAGCUUCUGUGGGCUCCUCGCUCUCGUUUGUUGGCUAUCUUAUAGCCUCGGGCGCCGAUACAGCCACGGGCUUUUGAGGUUGCAGCACGCGAUAUCCUGGAGACGUUUUUUCCAAGCGCCAACACCAGGCCCGCUCCAGCGGCUGGAUAUCCCAUCAUACUUGCAAGGGGGGAUAGUUGCGGCCCUGGUAAUUGCCAACAUCAUUGCAGUCAGCGUUCAUGUUCGAUCAUGGGCGGAAGUGCAGAAGCGAGCUGGAUGCUUGGCGGUCACACAUCUUGUUCCCCUCUACUCCGGAUUUAGCUUCAGUCUCCCGGCCCAUGUCUACCGCGUGGAACGGGGCACGGUGCAAUGGGCCCAUCGGUGGCUAGGCCGCAUUUGCGCAUUGCACUGCCUGCUUCAUGGGUCCGUCUUAGGCACAGUCGCUCGGAAUACAAGACUUGCAGCUCCCCUCGUCAUUCCGCUCGUGGCUGGUUGUAGUCUCCUGUCGAUCCUGCCUUGGACGCUCGCUGCGAUUCUUCGACGUUGGCCCCAACUCGGCCUCAAGGUCCACCAUGUGCUUGCUUCCAUCGCCACCGGCGCCCUUGCCUACCAUUUGAUCGAUCGCGCAUCGGCCUACCGCUGGGUUCUACUGGGCGGUAUUUGCACCGGAUUGGGCUGGAGUGCUGGGACAUGUCUGCAUACCAUGUGGUUCCACAGGUCGUGGCGUAUCACCUCUCGACGGGCGCUCGCGCGGUCUUUCAACCGGCUCUUAUGGCUUGACAUUGCGGUGCCCAUGGAGUGGGUGGCUCAACCGGGGCAGUAUGUACAGCUCUGGAUGCCACGCUUAGGCGUGAGGUCCUCCUUGCAGCUUCCAGCAUUCUACGUGGCGUCCGUGGACACAGUGCACAAUACGCCAGGAGCACCCACCACUCGCAUGUUACGCAUAGUGACCCGGCCCCGACCGGGCGUGACUGGAAGGAUCGCACAAGCUGCAGAUCAUGCGACGUCCUCGACGAUUCAUUUUCCGGUCUGCGUGCUGGGUCCGUAUGGGCAUCCACCUAGUCUUGGCCAACACGGGACCGUUGUCUUUGUACUCGAAGAUAUUGGACUCUUCCGCGCGUUGCCGUUCAUACGACAUCUCGUUCAAGAAAGCCGAACCCGGAAGAAUACGGUGCGGCGGCUAGAAGUCCUGUGGCAAGUUAGGCUGAAGAAUUUCAGUGAGUCCCCCCUCCCUCCCUUCUCGGAUGCUUUGCGGCGUCGUGUGCUUACCGGAAUAGACCAUUCCCGCUGGGUGGGGGAUGAAAUCUCGCAAAUCCUCGAACUCGACCGUAUGUUUGACCGAAACGAUUGUCCCGAGCAUAGACACCGUGAUGACCGGGGAUUCGAUAUCCUGCAGUUCACCACACAUAUUCUAGAUACCCAGCCCGUGGACCGAAUUCAUUAUCGCAACCGUACGCGCUUGAAAUACCAUUUCCACGCUAUCAAUAUCGACAGGGAGCUGGCACGACUAAGGGACGGUAGAGGCGGAACGACCGCGGUUUCGGUGUGCGCAAGCAAGGCGACACGCGCAGCAGUACGCCGCAUCGUUCAUUCCAAAACGAGUGGUGAUUUUCGAUUGAUUGACCUGGAGCUGGAACCCUCCCGUGAGUGGUGGGCAGACGGUGACCCUUUCGUCCAUGACACAUCCGAAACGAUUGUAGCGCCAAGAGAACGCUCCAAUACUGGCAGAGUGUUUGAGCCUGGUUCGACACUGACUGCCAUGCCCGUUGCACACGUUGUUCCUGAGCAGGCCACUCGGCUGUCCGGAGAAACCUUGGUGAAUGGUAGACGAUCUUGGCAAAGUGAUGAUUCGGCGGUUAGAGGGCAGAGUGCCAAUCACAAAAAGUGGGUUCGGCAGAAACUUGACGAAGGCGGCGUCUAG